GCAUAUCAUUAGCCUGGGAGGCUGGGACAUCAGUCUGUCCGCCAUUUUAUUUUUCCAGCAGAGAAGAGAGGGGAAGCCAAGAGAUCCAUUAUGCCCAAGUCUAGCACAGAUGCUGAUGCCGAGACUACAGAAGUACAAGAAGUAGAAGCAAUGGAGGAGGACUCCCCACAAGAGUCCGAGGACAGUGAUGUUGAGAGCAGUGAUGGAGAUCAAAAGGAGAACGAUGGCCCUGGAGCUGGUCCUGAAGGAGCCUCCAAAAGCAAGCAAAGCAGAAGUGAGAAGAAAGCAAGAAAGGCAAUCGUGAAGCUGGGGCUGAAACAAACAACAGGAAUAACAAGAGUCACCAUAAGGAAAUCAAAGAACAUUUUAUUUGUUAUUGCUAAGCCGGAAGUCUUCAAGAGCCCUGCUUCAGAGACAUAUAUAGUUUUCGGAGAAGCUAAGAUUGAAGAUUUAAGUAAUCAAGCCCAAAUAGCGGCUGCCGAGAAAUUCAAAGCCCCAGAGACAUCCAGCGCCACCACUAAAGACACGGGAAAAGAAACCGUGGAGGUUGAAGCUGAUGAAUCUGAUAGCGAAGAGGUGGACGAGACUGGCAUUCAAGAGAAGGAUAUUAAACUAGUCAUGCAGCAAGCUAGCGUUUCCAGAAAAGCUGCUGUGACUGCACUUAAAAAUCAUAAAAACGAUAUUGUCAAUGCAAUCAUGCAUCUCACAAUGUAAUGAAUCACAGAGUCGACUUUAUAUAAAGUUUAAAAGACUAAUAAUGAUAAUGAUAAUAAUUCUUUUUCAUAAUAAAUUCUCUCUCUCUCGCUCCUGUAUAAUGUGUGUGUAUUUAAAAACUAGUGAUGUUUUCAUAAAGUA